AUGGGAAAAAUUCCCUUCAUCCUCGCUUUUAUGCUUUCGGUGCUGUCAAGUAGUUUCAUGGCUACUUUGUUUGUGGAAUCAGCGCCCAACAUCACCACUGACCAAUCGGCUCUGUUUGCCUUGAAAACCCAUCUUACUCGUGACCCUCAAAACCUUUUGGAAACCAACUGGACCAUGGCUACUUCUGUUUGCAAUUGGAUUGGUGUCACCUGCGGAUCCAGACAUCGCAGAGUCACUGCUCUGAAUUUAUCUGGAAUGUAUCUCGCUGCAACCAUCCCACCUCACUUGGGAAAUCUGUCUUUCCUAGCUUUGCUCGACAUUGCCCAUAAUAAGUUUCAUGGCUCAAUACCCUUUGAGCUAUGUAACUUGCACCGGCUGAAAUAUUUGAACUUCUGUAACAAUAGCUUCAGUGGGGAAAUCCCAUCAUGGCUUGGUUCCUUCCCUCAACUUGAAAGCUUGCGUUUGGGCAUUAACAACUUCUAUGCCACCAUCCCACCUCACUUGGGAAAUCUAUCUUCCCUUGCUUUGCUCGACAUUGCCUAUAAUAAGUUUCAUGGCUCAAUACCCUUUGAGCUAUGUAACUUGCACCGGCUGAAAUAUUUGUAUUUUCUUAACAACAGUUUUAGUGGGGAAAUUCCAUCAUGGUUUGGUUCAUUCUCUCAACUUGAACUCUUGCGUUUGGAUGGUAACAACUUCUCUGGUGUUAUCCCAUCUUCUCUGGGCAAUUUGUCAAAACUAGAGGCAUUGAGCUUGUAUGGCAAUAAUUUGAAAGGGAAGAUCCCAAUCACAGUUGGAAAUCUUUCAAACUUGGAGUGGUUAUUUUUAAAUCAUAAUCAGCUUUCAGGUAGCAUGCCUUACUCAAUCUUCAAUAUAUCUUCAUUGCAUGUAGAAUGUUGA